AAGGCUGACGUUUUGACGUCACGACCAGGCCAGUGAUGUCAGAAGCCGGUCUGCAGCCUCACGUGUCAUAGAGAUGCCAAAGAUCUGCGAACAGAAAAACCAGGAAGUAACGCCUCUUUCAAGCGGGCCGAGCAAUAGGAUUGGAUUUUACAAGGAUGAAGCGAAUGGUUUGGAGUCUAGCGAGAUUAACAUGGUUGGACGUAUUGUGCUUUAUGAUUGGCUAUGUGCUUAUCACAAACGGAUAUAGUUAAUAUUUGCCUAUUAUUGGCCCAGAAUUUGAAACGCAAUUUCCUUUUGGAGAAACGCUGAACUGGAACCGAGUCUCGGUUCGAAAUUCUUACUUCGUAUUGGUCACACGUAGUAUUUAUGUAGGCGAGGCUAAAACGAGGCUUGAAACGCUUCACACGUUUAUUGGCCGCUUUUGAUUGGGUAUUUCUCUCGCUGGAAGGAAGGUUGACACAUGUUCUUGCUGCGAUUGGGCACUCUUGCCAGGACAGCGAGGCGUGGAAGGCACAGGACAGUUGCUCGUCAACAAGGCAGAUAGAGGCACAUUGUGUCGUGACUUAUUUGUAAAACCUUAACGAAUACAGCAAUAUUUGUAUUUUCCUCUUGUAGGCGCUUAGAAUAAUCGAAUGUUUUAAGGGUGCUUAAUACUUGUCCGACGUUUUAAACAUAAUUUGGGCAAAAAGACCUUGUCAUAAGAAAGGGGAUUUUAAUAGAGAAACAAGUAUCAUUGCAAAGCUGUUUUGCUGAGUGCUCUGCAAAGUGUACAGUGGAAAACAAUGAAGAAAGUUUGAAUUAACUUGUCAGCUGAAAGGAAUUCAAGGGCAAACUUUCUUCUAGAUCUUGUGGCACUUUAUGGGCUGUGAGGUUUCAGGAGAAUGUUGGUACAAAGUAUGAAGCACACAAUAUAAUAAUAAUAUUGUGAGAGCAUCUAGCUGAAAUCUGCAAUAGUAUUCUAAAGGACAAUCUGGCAAUUGGUGCUGAUCAGGCAGUUAUUUGAAACUUAAGUGCUGCAUCUUAAUUACUAAAUUGUACCUAGAGUGGCUCACUCCAGGCUUAUAUAAAAUCGGCAUGCCCCGCAAAAAGCCAUUUAGUAACAAGCAGAAGAAAAAACAGCUACAGGAUAAACGAGAACGAAAGAGAGGGCCAUCAGAGCAAGGCAGAGCUGAGUCGAACAGUCGGAGUGGGAGCAGAGAUCGUUGGGAGGAAAACACAGAUACUUCAGACAGUGAGAGCCUCAGACCCCAAAUCAGAGGAGUUAAUGAACAGCCCCAGAUAAUCAAACCAGGAGAGAAAAAUUAUGACCCAAACAGAUAUAGACUUUGUUUUGAAAAGGAGAGCAAAGAUGAAAUUGAACGAAGGAAGAAAAUAGCUCAGGAGAAAAUCCUUGAGCCAGUUCCAGAGUCUGAACUGGAAGUUCACAUAGAUCAAAUUUACAGACCAGGCUCAGCGCUGGACUUUCCUAAACGACCACCUUGGACUUAUGAGAUGAGCAAGGAGGCAGUGCAGUCCCGUGAAGAGAGAGCUUUUAAGGAAUACCUGCAGAAAAUCUAUGAAAGUCACAACCCACGAGAACUUAGUUACUUUGAUCACAAUUUAGAGACAUGGCGUCAACUCUGGAGGGUUUUAGAGAUGUCCGAUAUAAUCCUACUAAUAACAGACAUUAGACAUCCAGUUCUGCAUUUUUCUCCUGCCCUUUAUGACUAUGUGACGCAGGAAUUAGGAAGAUCUCUUGUCCUGGUUCUGAAUAAAACAGAUUUAGCACCUCCAUCACUGGUGGUAGCCUGGAAGCAUUACUUUCAUGCCAAGUUCCCCAAGGUCCAUGUGGUGUGUUUCACUUCAUACCCCCGGCAUCCCGAAGAGGAACAGGACCCCUCUGCAGUAUUUAAGAAACGUAGGAGGAAACGCAGGGUCUGGAGCUCAGCCCUGGGUCCCAGUCAGCUUCUGCGAGCCUGUGAGGUUAUCACAGCUGGGAAAGUUGACCUGACAAGCUGGAGAGAGAAGAUAGAGAGAGACGCUUCAGCCUUGUGUGAUAGUGAGGAGAGGGAACAAGAUGAAGAGAUAGAGAAAUCAAAUGCUGCUGUGUCCCAUCAAAUCACUGAUGCAGAACUGGGGGCUCCCAGCAGUGAGCUGUAUAAAGAUGGAGUGCUAAGCAUCGGCUGUAUAGGGUUCCCUAAUGUGGGUAAGUCAUCGUUAAUUAAUGGGCUUGUUGGCAAGAAGAUAGUAAGUGUCUCCCGGACUCCAGGACACACCAAAUACUUUCAGACGUAUUACCUAACACCUACCGUGCGGCUUUGUGACUGUCCUGGACUCAUCUUUCCAUCACUGAUAGAUCGGCAACAGCAGAUCCUUGCAGGCAUAUACCCAAUUGCUCAGAUUCAGGAACCCUAUACCUCUAUUGGUUACCUUUCCUGUCAUAUACCUGUUCCUCAGCUGCUUAAAUUACCCCAGCCAAGCGGGGGAAAGGGAGGCUGGACUGCGUGGGACAUCUGUGAAGCCUGGGCAGAUAAGCGUGGCUACAAGACAGCAAAGGCCUCUCGCAGUGACACAUACCGGGCCGCUAACAGUCUUCUGCGUCUUGCUGUAGAUGGGCGUCUCUGCUUGUGCAUGAGACCACCAGAAUACUCUCAGCAAAAAGAGGCCUGGCAACAGCAUCCUGAGACCAAGGAAAUGGCUUUCCAGGCCCAGGCCCAGGCCAAUAAUGACCCUUCAUCUGGUCGAGAAGAGGAAGAGGAGGAGAUCUCCAGCUCGGGUGAGGAAGAAGAGGAACAAGACCGUGAUGCUGAUGAAGAGGAGGACGAAGAAGAGGCCCCCACACAGUCUCCGCAUAAAAGGGGCAACAAAAACAAAAUCACUGACAUCAACCCCUUUGAGUUGCUUGGGGAAGAUGAGUGUUAAAUUUGGGCUUGUGUAGUGCAAGGUCAGUGAUGUUUGAGAAUCCUGGUAGUGGGCCCAGCAAAGCUUUGAGGUGUAGUUGCGUAAGGGACUUUGCUGUGCAGUUUCAGUACAAUUGUGUGAAAUAGGUCAUUUUGCUGAAGGUAUUGGAAGCUCUAAUAAUAUUCCGCUGUGGGUCCAGAGUCAUUAUAGUUUUCCCACUGGAUAAGGAUUAGGGGUCAUUUUUACAAUACGCCAUUAAUGUGAUGUUCUGCUUCAUCUCAGUAGCCAAGGAAUCGGCUCAUUAUUAUUUAUAUUGGAGAAUGGCUUAAACAAUAGGCUGAUAUUUUUGUAUUCUAGAAUAUUUCCUUACUUCAUUCGGGCCCUUUUCACACAUAGAGCACAGACAAGUGAGUGUGGUGUGAGUAAGUCUAAUAGUUUGCUAAUGAUAAAUUGAUCCAUUUGCUUUGAGAGUGUGAAGAAUCAGAUGUAGAUGCCGCUCACUUUCAGCACAAUCCUUUCUUUUUGCAACAAAAUCAAAGCGUCUUGUUCUUCAGCUUCCUCAGAUCCGAAAAUGGGAAAGUGUCAGUAAAAGACUGAAGACAAAUGAUUUGUAUUCUACAUGAAUAAUACAUUGCCAUGAAAGGAUUUUUUGGGUUAAUUUGAAGGUCAAAAAAGUUUCUCUAGCAGUGAAUGACUAUUUGAGAACUGUGUCGUUCAGAAUCCCACUAAUGUGUUUGUGCUCUUUGCGGCUUUUGCUUGACUGGGCCUUUUUUUGGCUUUAACUCCAAAUAUUUAGAGAAUCUGAGGUAAUUCUGUGUGGGAUUCAAUUGAUGAGAUUGCAGUGUAAGGACAAAGAAUGUGUAUUGCAGUGCCUCUGCCUUGUCUACUAACUCUUCACUAUUUCUGACAGACCAAACUAAGCACUUCAUUUCCACGGCCCAUUCAUUCUCUUUCAAGGCCCAAUUAACACAAAAUGUCAGUGGAUUAUACAUGUGAAUCAUAGUUCCUAUGGCUACAUCACCUUGCUGUCAAGUAUAUUGCAGUGUUCUGGCUGAUAGAGGCUCAUUUAGGCUGUAGUCAUGGCAGGAGGUUAAAGUAAAUUGAUGAAAUAUGAUGAAA